AUGGUGUCUAACCACCAGGAAGCAACGCCUCCUGAAACCAAUGGAGACGAUUCUCUAUCGCCUAUACCUUGUCCACAACAGAUGGGGGUGACACUGGAAUGUUCCGCACCACCACCAAAGUCUACUACAGGAGGUGUGGGAGUGGUACCAGUCCCAGCACCAGUCUCUGCGAAGACACGUUCUAAGUCUGUUACCUUUGAUAUUUCCAACAAUAAAGAAUACGAAGCAUCUCCUCUCUUAACUCCUAAAUAUGAGGAUGAAGAUGAUGAAGACGAUUUUGGUGAGUUCGCCUCCAAAUCUUCCUCGUCUGAAAUUAUGUCUGAACAUGAUGUUAACAACAGCGGACGAGAGAUGACGAUAUGUGACGACUUGAAUCGAAAUUCAGAUUAUUCCGCAUUAUGUGCUACCUUGGAAAUGCUCCAUAAUAAGGAAUCCCAAAUACAUAGCGAAAUGACUCAACUCACAAAUUUGAAGGCUACGUUGGAACAUAUGAAUAAAUCCAGUCUAAUCAGCUUCUACUUAAGACUUCUUCAAGGUCAAGUCCAUUUACCUACACCUUCUAAGAUCCCUAAGGCACCCGUGGUUCAAUGGGGGAAAUACGGAUUGUCCGAUAAGGUAGGUGACUGUCUUAAAGGCACCAUGAACCUGAAAGAACAAAUGGAUCAGGGUCUCAAGGUUUUCAACUCCCCUUCAAAUGAUCAAUUUUCAUUCGAGAAUUUUAAAUUUUGA